AUGUCAUUAUACUUUGAUGAGCAUGACUGUGAACCAUUACAAGAUGGACAGGCACCCAAUCACAUGCUUCAUCUGGCCAGGUUGGUUUAUGCCAAAUGUCCAAUCUGUUUAGCCGAACAUGAUGAGAGAAAUAAAAUUCUGGAAUUCCCAUGCCAUCAUCACUUUCAUUCCAAAUGCAUUACUCCAUGGCUUGAAAAAACAAAUUCUUGCCCACUGUGUCGACAUGAACUGCCAACUGAUGACAAAGAUUAUGAAGAAUUUAAAAGGCAAAAGGCUAGGGAGAAGCAAAGAAAGUUUGAACUUGAAACUCUACAUGAUUCUAUGUUUAGCUGA